CUGCUACAGUCUAUUAUCGAUAUAGCUCUUCGAUUAUUGAUAUGAUAGAUGCAUGAACUCCCGACACUUUGGCAUUAUUGAGUUCUAUAUUUCUUCUAUGUGGGGUAUAUAUUCUCACACACGGAAACGGUUCCAAACAGUCAAGAAGGAACAAGCAUAGUGACUUCAUGGCUCUCUUCGUUGUACGCCAUUUUUCAGCCAUGUUUAUUCUAUUGGCAUUUUCAGCUCCCCUAUUGUUUUGCCUCGCUAAUGAAGAAGAUUCUUCACAACUUGGAACUCGGCAAGACAAUUCUCAUUCAGACGCUUUUUCCAACGACUCCGAAGGCAUAAGCUUCUUUGAAACACUGGUCAAACGAUUGGAAUCUGAGUCGUCAUCACCACGCAUGAAACCGGAGACAAUUGCAGCAAUUCCAGAAGAAGAGCUUCAAGAAGCUCUACGCAUUGGCCAAAACUACGUGGAAAAAUGGGAUCGACUGGAAGAGCAGAUUUUCAAACAGAAUCGCACUUUCAGCGGAUAUCCCAGGUAUAUGCGGGAAGCGAUAGCCCAGUCAAAAGAAGCUGCCGUUUAUUUGAUGGCCCGGAAACACCUAAGCCAAAAGUUAAGAGUCUCGCCUGACAAAAUCGGAGAUAUCGAUCGUCUGUUGAGCGUUCGCCAAAAGCCUCAAUCGACUUCAAUGCCAUUAUGCGAUUUCAAUUCAAAGUUUCGGUCUAUCGAUGGAACUUGCAACAGUAAGGAGCAAGCACAAUACGGAAAAGCUGGCACCAUUUUCAAUCGAUUAUUAAAUUCCAACCAAUUCUACAACGACGGUGUAGAGACAAUCCGAAAAAGCCAAUUAACCGGAAGCGAAUUGCCAAGCGCUCGUCUCGUCUCUGCCACCGUUUUGAACAGCGACGACGCAUUUCUUAUUCAUCCCAAAGCCACUCUUCUGUCGAUUCAGUGGGGCCAAUUCCUCGGCCAUGAUCUGAGCCAUACUCCGUCGUUCUCUCAAAGAGACGGAUCUUCCUACGACUGCUGCUCGACAACAAUCGAAGACGGGCAUCCUGAAUGUCUUCCCAUUGCCAUUCGCAGUGACGAUCCGAUUUACAGUCUACUGGGCAGCAGUCGAUUGACCUGCAUGAAUUUCAUCCGGUCGGCGUAUGGAAACAAUUUGGACGGGACUUCUCCUGGAAUGCGAUCGCAAAUUAAUAGUGUGACGCACUGGAUUGAUGCUUCUCAUGUGUACGGGAGCACAAUUGAAAAAGCAAAUGAGUUACGAGACACGACGUCGGGUAGAGGACGGCUGAAGACGUCCGUGGACAGCAACGGACGCCAAAUGUUGCCUUUGGGUAACAGUUCUUACUUAUCCUACAAAGCGGGUGAUUUCCGGGUGAAUCAACAUCCAUUGCUGACUCUCUUGCAUACCGUUUGGCUUCGGGAGCACAACCGCAUCGCCGAAAACUUGUACAGGGCAGCUCCGGGAAAGGCGGACGAAUUUUACUAUCAACACGCUCGGCGUAUUCUGAUUGCUCUGAUGCAACACAUCACCUACAACGAAUACCUUCCCGUCAUGAUAGGUCCUCUUACUAAACUUAAUGUCCACUUUUGUUUUGUCCUAAUAAUCGAUAAUUCUUUUUUUAAAAGCAAAUUUAGUUUCCUGGUUGUGUUGUAAUAAUAAUUUCAAAUUGCAUCAAAUUUCUAUUGAUAGGUCCCGCACUGGCAGCCCGGAUAAUGUGCCCGAAGAAUGGUUAUUUGAAAAGUGGCAAUCCGGCGAUAUUUACCGAAUUCUCAACGGCUGCCUUCCGCGGAGGCCACUCUCAGCUAAGAAGCCUCAUAAGAAUAGUGGAAGAAGACGUUAACAAGGUCGACAGAGGCCUCAAAUUUGAUUUGAGGGUGGAGCUGCCAUCACUAGAAUAUUUGCCUCCUGCCUUGAAAACCGGUUUCAUGGAUCAGGCUCUACAUGGUCUCCUUCAGACGCCUGUGCAGACUGUCAAGUCCAGUCUGCAAGAUGAUUUAAAAACCCAAAUUGUCAAGCCGAAAGCAGAGCCAUUUGAUUUGAUAUCGUUAAACAUUCAACGAGGUAGAGACCACGGUCUUCCUUCAUACACCAAAAUGCUAAGUUAUUUCGAUCGCAAUAAUGUGCCAUCGAAUUUCGACGAACUACUCCCACUCAUACCAGAAGAAGCUGUUGCUGCAAUGAGAUCCGCGUGUACAAAUCGGUGGACGACGUUGACUUGUACGUCGCUGGACUCGCAGAAAAGCCUCUGCCCAAUGCCGCACUGGGCCCCACAUUUGCUGGCAUUUUCGCGGCGCAAUUUUUGAAUUUGAGGCGAACGGACCGCUUCUUCUACGACCACAACGUUGACGGAACUACCGGAUUCAGUUCAAAUCAAGUGGUGGAAAUUCAAAAAGUUUCUUUGGCGCGUAUCAUUUGCGACAACAGCGACGGCACCAUCACACGAGUCCAACCCAAGGCCUUCCUCGCUCCCGAAGGGUCCAACAGACCCGUUUCGUGCGAUAACUUAUCUGAUCUACCCGGAAUCAACUUCUCUAAAAUGUUGCCUCUUUAAAACUUUAACCAAUUUAUUCAAAGGAGGGUGGAGUCUCAAUUGAAACAAUUACAUUCUAAUGAUUGCUUUCAUUGACAAAUUAAAGGUGAAGGGCAGGUGUCAGGAUUGAUGGAGGUUCUAAUACAUUUACAACACCGUCUAA